AUGCGCGCACCACGGGGGCACCGGGGCCGCUCCAGGAUCGUCCUCGCGUCGGCGCCCCUCGGCCUUGGCUUUGACCCCUCACCCGCGUUAUUCCCAGAACGGAUCGCCUUGGGAGUCCUGGUCCGGGAAUACAGCAGCCUCUCCAACCUGGACAAAUUCUACUUUGCCUUUCCUGGAGAGAUUCUCAUGAGGAUGCUGAAGCUCAUCAUUCUGCCCUUAAUAGUGUCCAGCAUGAUCACAGGUGUGGCGGCGCUGGAUUCCAACGUAUCCGGGAAGAUUGGGCUGCGGGCCGUCCUCUAUUAUUUCUGCACCACCGCCAUUGCUGUGAUUCUAGGAGUUGUGCUGGUGGUGAGCAUCAAGCCUGGAGUCACGCAGAAAGUGGAUGAUAUUGACCGGGUGGGCAGCACCCCUGAAGUCAGCACAGUGGACGCCAUGCUGGACCUGAUCAGGAACAUGUUCCCGGAGAACCUUGUCCAAGCCUGCUUCCAGCAGUACAAAACCAGGCGGGAAGAGGUGCAAACUACAACUGAGCCAGAGAGAAACGAGACGGAGGAGCUCAUCACUGUUGCCAUGACAACCGCCAUUUCCAAGAACAAGACAAAGGAAUACAGAGUAGUGGGCAUGUACUCGGAUGGCAUCAAUGUCCUGGGCCUGAUUGUCUUUUGCCUCGUUUUUGGGCUUGUCAUUGGAAAAAUGGGAGAAAAGGGACAGAUUCUCGUGGAUUUCUUCAAUGCCUUGAGUGACGCAACAAUGAAAAUUGUGCAGGUCAUUAUGUGCUACAUGCCACUCGGGAUCCUGUUCCUGAUCGCCGGGAAGAUCAUAGAGGUUGAAGACUGGGAGAUAUUCCGCAAGUUGGGCUUGUACAUGGCCACUGUGCUGAGCGGGCUGGCAAUCCACUCCAUUGUCAUCCUCCCACUGAUCUACUUCAUAGUCGUCCGGAAGAACCCGUUCAGGUUCGCCAUGGGGAUGGCCCAGGCGCUCCUGACGGCUCUGAUGAUCUCGUCCAGCUCAGCAACACUGCCCGUCACCUUCCGCUGUGCUGAGGAGAAGAACCAGGUGGACCGGAGGAUCACUCGGUUCGUGCUGCCUGUCGGGGCCACCAUCAACAUGGACGGGACUGCGCUCUAUGAGGCCGUGGCCGCCGUGUUCAUCGCACAGCUGAAUGGCCUGGACUUGGACAUCGGGCAGAUUAUCACUAUCAGUGUCACCGCCACGGCCGCCAGCAUCGGAGCUGCCGGCGUGCCCCAGGCCGGCCUAGUGACCAUGGUAAUCGUGCUCAGUGCUGUGGGCCUGCCCGCCGAGGACGUCACCCUCAUCAUCGCUGUUGACUGGCUCCUGGACCGGUUCCGGACCAUGGUGAAUGUUCUCGGAGAUGCGUUUGGGACAGGCAUUGUGGAGAAGCUCUCCAAGAAGGAGUUGGCGCAGAUGGACAUGUCUUCUGAAGUCAACAUCGUGAAUCCCUUUGCUUUGGAAUCCACCAUACUUGAUAAUGAAGACUCAGAGGCCAAGAAGUCUUACAUCAACGGAGGCUUUGCCGUGGACAAGUCCGACACCAUCUCGUUCACCCAGACCUCACAGUUCUAG